AUGACGGCAGCCCUGGAGCGACGGUGAAGGACAGGACCCCUGUCUCGGCAGGAAUGGAUGAAGACCCAGGGAAGACCAUGAAAGACGGCAAACCUAAUGGUGCGGAGAAGGAUGGCGACAAAGGAAAAGCAAUGAAGGACGAUGACACUGCGGAGGUCGCCAAGGGCGCAGGGAAGACAGCGAAGGACGACGGCUCUGAGGAGAUGAUGGAGGACGCCGACCCUGCGGCCCCAGAGAGGAAGGAAGGCCCUGAAGGCACAGAGGAGGAAAGCGACCCGAUGGAGAUGACAGUGAACCUCAAUGACGUCUACAGUCAGGGCGUCACGUCUCACAUCGACGGGCCUUCUGUGCUGUCUGACAGCGUGCACACCUCGAUGAAAAACCUGUUCCUGCGGCCGCGCCAGGUGGCCUACCAGCUGGGCCGGCACACCGUCAGCACGCACGUCACCCAACUGGAGGUGUCCGGAAUCGAUAAGAUGACUAUUUUGAGUGUCAGCAGCAACGUGGACGACAUGUCUCUAAACGUCACCUUCCAGUUCCCGGAGAUCACGUUCACCGGUAGAUUCAACGCCACUGGUUCGAUCCUGAAAAAGAAGCAGGCUGGUGUCCUGGUGCUUCGUGCACCGUUUCCCAGCUACGGAAGCGGCAACAUCAAAGCGGUCAUCGCCAAUACCACAGCCGUCAGCCAGGCCGAGCUUAGCCACUCGUUCAACGACAGGAAGCUGUCCAUCGAGCUGCUGACCUGCCACCUGACCUUCGGGGAUCCGAAGGUCUCCCUGACCGACGUCCGGCUGCCGAGGGCCCUGCGCAAGCUGCACUUUGAGCGUCUCUUUAGGGUGGCACUGGGAAAGACGAUCGCUCGCCAGCUCCCGGCCGAAGUGGAGCCGCAGGUGGACAGGUCGCUGCACGACGUCAUCACCUCCGUCCUCGACCGGGUGACGCUGGACGAGGUCGGCGCCAGCGACUUUGCCACCCUGGUAGCCGGUCCGCAGGCCUGGCUAGACGCGAAAGCCAGCGACAAAGAGUGAAGAGGUAUCCCGGCAUUCGGCAGAAAACUCGUGCAAUUAGAUCGAGAGGUUUGAGGGAAGGUCGGAAGAACGGUGCUUCCAGUGUCACGGGGGAUAAAUACUCGAUGAGGUUCACUGAUGUCUUCCGAUAAAACAUGUAUCGUCAAGUGCCGUGACUACUCAUGUGGCCUCUGUAAGGAGCUGCUCGAGAGCGCGGGACAGCCGAGAUCUACAAAAUAUAGCGCAGAUAUUGUUCACUAUAUAAAAAACGCCGCAUCUCAGUUUCUGCGCGCUGUUGUUCUCGCCUGAAUUAUCAUUAUUCGACUGAUGCGACGCGGAAGGGGCGGUGUAUUUCUUUGGGUAGGCCAUGUUUCCCAAAGUGACGUAUUUUUACACGCCGAUGUGAUCGCUAAGAAUGUAUCUAGAUGCCACCUUAGCGGCUUACCUACUAAAUGAAGCCUGCUUGCGCAAGUUGAAAGCGGCUGGAGGAGUGGUAGUCUCCACACCGUUGGGGAUUCGUGUUCGACUUCUAUAUUUGAGUUCAUGUGUCGAUACCGAUCAGUGUCACAUCUCGGUACAGCUACUCAACUCAGAGAUAGUGGAUAGCUCAUUUCGUGCCAGAGUGGAUUAUUUAUUCAGCUUCUCAUCUUCCCCUCUCACGGCUAUUUUAACAUCAGCAAACGACUACGAGUAUCUUACUGUGGCUCGGUGCUUACUGGACGGAUGAUUGAACGAAAACUAUGCUGCCAGUGUGUGAUUGUUGCAGGUCUGUACAGUGAGCAGUGUGAUAGCUGUUUACACUCGGAUGGUCCGGUGCGAGUCAUGGCUGAGAUAUUACGAUGUGAAAUGUGGAUAGACAUAUGAGAUAAAGUGUUAACUAAAAAGUUAGAUCCUUUCGUGGCAAAUGGGAGCGCGUGCCGGUCGACGCUUGAUGUGUGGUGCAGUUGUUGAACAUAUAAACAAGUCACACUUCUUUCGUUACGCAUUGAGCAAUGUAUCGUAGCGCACGUGUCCUUAUUUGUGAUUGAUUUAUUGUCCGUGACAUGUCUCGUGACUCGUGCACACUCAACUUUGUCUUACUAGUUCUGGUGUCAUGAAAAUACAAAAUUGUCAGCAUUAUGUAUUACUAUUUUUUACUAAGCAUUAAUUCAUUCAUUACUGUCUGUUCCUCAUAACAAUCUACAGUAACCCAGCAUGGAAAUCAAGCCAUAUAAAACUAUGGGGAAUGGCAACGCUCUAACGGACUCCCAAUAUCAUCGCAUUCCAGUGUUGACGAAAAUAAAAUGGCGAAAAUAAA